GACUCCUGGUGAAAUCAUCAUCGAUAAUCCACAGGUAUAUAUACCCCCCUUUCCUGCGCUCAGUUUCCAGUCAAUUCAAUCGAAUUCUUUUUUACAUCACCUACCCACAAUUACUCACAAAUGUCUACUCGAGGCAGAGGUGUUCCUCAACAGGUCUUGACAAACUCGUUUGUCAUUUCCAAGCUGCCGACUAGGACGCGGUAUUAUCAGUAUGAAGGUAAGCUUCACUCUUACUACAAUGACACAGCGGUUGAACUUCAUAUAGUUUCGAUCUCCGGUAGCGGGAAGGAUAUGAAGAACCCUCGGAGGAGGACCGAGGUCUUCGAGCGCCUUCAAAACCACACCGACCCCAAAUUAUUUACGCCGCGCUGUAUCUUCGACGGCGCCGUUAUUAUGUACUGUCCCCGUGAGCUUCCAUUAUCUGGCGGGGACUCCCAAACCUUCGAAGUGAACAUGUCGAACAAACCCCGAACGGAUGGCUCUGCCCCGACACGCGGGAUCGUGCAGGUAUACCUGAAGAAGGUCGCUGCCGACCCGAUCGACUUCAGCGGUUUGCAAGCAUUCAUCGACGGAAAACAGACCAAGCAGACUCCUCAAGUUCUAACUGCGAUUAACGUGCUGCAGCUGAUCAUCCGCCAGGCACCAAAUUUGAAAUAUCCGAACAACACGCGGGCGUUUUUCACCAAAGACGCCGGGAUACAGACCCUAGGUGGAGGUCUAGAAUUGUGGCGCGGAUACUUUCAGAGCGUUCGCCCUACUAUAGGGAAGGUUUUGGUGAACAUUGAUGUGUCGACAGCGGUUAUGUUCAAGCAGGGUAGCUUUCAGACCGCCGCUCUUGCUGUUCUCAAGCAGAACGACGUCCGUGCACUGGACCUCCGCCCAGACUCCCCACAAUUCAGGCAGUUGAAGAACUUCUUCAAAGGCGUUUCUGUCACGCUCGUUCACCGGCCGGGUCUUAAAAAGAUUCGGGGAUUGGUUGCUAACGCUGGAAACUUCGAGUUCGAGAAUACGACGGUCAAGGACUACUUCAAGAAAGCUUGGAGUCGCCCACUAAACUAUCCAAAUAUCAUCGGCAUUCAAGUUGGAUCAAAGGACCGGGAUGAAGUCAUCCCAGCGGAAAUGUGUGCUAUCGCGCCCGACCAACGUUACACGCGAAAACUUCCUCCCGAAUUCUCACCGGCGAUGGUUAAAUUUUCUUCCAAGAACCCUCACGAACGCCUGGCACUCAUCAGCGCUGGCAUCAGCAACGCCAUUACGACCGACCAACGCUCUGCCCUAGAUUAUCAGAAUUCUCCUUUCUUGCAAGACGCGGGGAUCACUGUAUCUCCCGACCCUAUCCUAGUCACCGGACGUGUCCUCCCCACGCCGAAAAUCCACUACGGCAAUGCUGCCGCUAGUAGACCGGUGCAACCGCGAAAUGGGUCAUGGAAUGUCAUUGACCAGAUCUUCCAUGAACCGAAGGGUCUAUCGUCCUGGGGCAUUCUUAAUUACUCAAGGGUCAACGACCAGACGAUUAAUCGGUUCGUCAACACUUUGCUCAACGCAUGCAAGAAACUUGGUAUGCAUGUAUCCCCGCCUGCGGCGAGUCAAUCUUGUGCUGGCGCGUCGUCUGUGGUAAACGACAUGAGAUCGCUUAAAAAUGCCGUCAGCAGCAGGAUAGGCAAAGAUCCGGAGAUGGUAUUGGCCAUACUGCCCACAAGCUCAACGGACAUUUAUCACGCCAUCAAAUCGUUUGGUGAUGUUAUUGCUGGUUUCCCAACACAGUGUGUCCGAGAGAACAAGAUCGAGAGAGCAAAUGAUCAGUACUGUGCGAAUCUAGGCAUGAAGAUCAACGCCAAACUUGGAGGCGUCAAUUCAUUACCAAGGUCAGGUGCGUUGGAGAAGCUCAUGAGCGCUCCAUUCAUGAUUAUGGGUAUGUACCGUUCCUGUUUGGCCUUGGAGACUCAUCGAAGGCUGGUUCAUCCUGCACCAGGUGCCGAUGUAGGGCAUCCCGCACCUGGCAUGAUCAACCAGCCCUCUGUGGCAUCUCUCGUAUAUUCGUUUGAUCGGUAUGCUGCACGGUACGAAUCGAUGAUGUCGGUUCAACACCCCCGCCAAGAAAAAAUAGACGAAUUACGCAAAUUGGUAUAUCGUGCGAUCUUCGAGUUUGGCGAGCGUAACAGGGCCGCACCCGUACGCAUCAUUUUCUUCCGAGAUGGCCUUUCCGAAGGAGAAUAUGCGCUCACGGGACAAGAGGAGAUUGAGGAUAUCACAGGGGCGAUUGAUGACAUCUGGCGGGACAAAGGCAUAAAGGGCGCAAAACCUGAACUGACGUUCAUCGUCGUAGGCAAAAGACACCAUGUCCGAUUCUUCCCAAGGAAUAGGAACGAUGGGGACAAGUCUGGUAACUGUCCCGCAGGAUUUGUUGCCGAUCAGGGAGUGGGAAAUCCAGCAGUGCGCGACUUCUACUUGCAAUCGCACGGUGGUCUCCUCGGAACUAGCAGGCCGAGUCAUUACAUCACGCUAAGGGAUGACGUGUAUAAGCACAACACAGACGACCUGCAAGAGCUCGCGUUUACGUUGUGCCAUUCUUACGCGCGUGCGACGCGUUCCGUCUCUAUUCCGGCUCCCGUUUAUUACGCCGAUAUCGUUUGUGCGCGUGGCGCGUUCCAUUUCAACCCUGCCAUGGGUUUCGACGCUGCUACCAUAUCUAGCCAUGACGACGCUUUCGACCUUGAACGCUGGAGGAAAAAUUUUAAAGACAAACACGCUAAUCUGGCCAAGAAGAUGCAUUUCAUGUGAAAGGAUGUGGAAGUACAUUUGCGUAACGCUUUUGAUGAAUGACUCAGUUGGAUGCAUGUAGGAUAUAGCACAGCAGUUUUUGUUUGAAGGAAAUUAAUGAACUCGUGGUCUUCUCUCGGUGUUGUCUCCGGGGCUGCAAUCGUGCCUUUAGACAAAGAACUACGUAAUAGACACGG